GGCGGCGUUGGCGGUGGUGGAGCGUGGCACCACCGCGCCGACCCCCCGGCCCCCCGGCUUCGGAAACUUCCCCCCGGCUGCGGCGGCGGCGGCGGCGGCGGCGGAGCGCGGCUCUGCACUAAUGCACUAAGGUCUCAGCACCAGGUCAAGUUAAGAUUGCUGCCCUCAGCCUCCCACCCCAGUUGCUACGUUGGAGGCGACUAGAGGAUCUUACUUCAUCGGGGUGGCCUUUCUGAGAGAAGCCAUGCAGCCCACCGAAUGCCUAGCAGAGUUCUGAGAGCCCAGCCACUGGCCACCUCUCCCCUCGGAUUGUGUCCUCGAUUUGCCAGCGGUUUUGGAUACCCAGGCAGCCGGCUGGGCCCCCCAGCUUCCCCAUUCACCUCGAAAAACAAUACCCCCAGCACAUAGGCUAGGGGGAAGAAGGAAACCCUGCCCCUUGGCCACCUCACAUCCUCCUGCCUCUGGGUGUUUUGUGUCUCUCCCUCCCUUCAAUUCCAACUGUAGCACAUCUGGAAGGACAAUCCCCCCACCACCACCUCAACUCCUAACCUCCCAGAGAUCCAGAACACCCCUCCAAAUUCUCAGGACAUCUUCCCCUUUCGAGAGGCCCAGAUUGGCCUUGGACUCAGUUUCCUCUGAGUUUUACUCUUCUUCUGUACUCUGGAAGAGAACCUGACCAAACAGCUGAAGAGACCUCAGCCCCCUGAAAACACUGAAUUGUCCAAUUAAAUUUAUUGAAGACCCUGUGGUUAGAGAGUCACAUUCCCUCCCCUUAAGAGAAGACAGUCUCUCCUCUUCCCUCUGCACAGUACCCCGGCGGGAUCAGGGGCUGCUGGGCCCACUCUCUUGACCUGGAGAAUUAGCCUUCCUCCCUGCCCCACCCCCCAAUUGAUUCUUUGCCUUACAGAGAACUUUGAGUCAGGAAAGGGACUGGAAAGAAGGUUCUUGGAUAGUUCCCCACCCCAGGAUCUCAGUGAAGGAGUCCCUGUAAGCUGGUAUCUCCCUCAUACCACUGGAGAAUUGACCUGGUGAUUCAGGGUGGCAACCUUUUCCCUCCAAUUGUUGGAGCAGGAAGAGUCAGGCUGCUGUGACCACCUGGAAUAGAGGUGGGAGAUUAAGGACCUAGGAGGUGUCAGAAGUGAAGAUUGGGAUUGGAGCUUGGAGGGAGUGGUGCUUUUUAAAUAUUCCUGGGGCUACCAAAUUCAUUCCUAAAGCUGCUCUGUGGGAAAGGGAAGUGUGACCAUAGCCAGGUGAGCCAGGAAGGGAAAUCCCUCCGGGCUUCCUGAGGGAGGAGGUUUCCAUUUGCCCAUUGGCAGCUGUGUUCUGGACAGAGUGUGGCUUUCUUCAUUUUUUCUCUUUGUCUCUGUCUCUUUUUAAAAUAACAAAAAAAGUUGUCUUCAAUACCAUCACUAUCUCUUCCCACUUCCUACCUACCCUCCACCCCACUCCCGCACACAUACCUACACAACACCUUCAGCCUAGCCAUGCUCUCUGACUGACUCCUUGGGCUGUUUUGAGAGGGGGCUGAGAGAGAAGUAAAGAUGGCCCCUAGUCCUCAUCCUUCCCAUCUCUUCGUUGCUUGAGAGAGACAGACAGACAGACAGACAGACAGAAAGAGAGCCUGAGGAGAAAGAAAAAGAACCGGCCCUGCCCCCUGGGUCAUGUACAUAUCCAUCCUUGGCCCCUCUAGAAAGAUCAGGGGGAGCUCAGUAUUCAUCUUUCCUCAUGGAGGGGCUUGGAAGGUCUCCCCUGUGGCUGAGCAGAGAACUAGCUGCUCCCCAGCCUCAGCUGCUCCUUCUGGACUGCCGGAGCAGGGAACUCUAUGAGUCAGGCCACGUCCAGGGGGCUCUUAGUGUAGCCCUCCCAGCCCUGCUGCUUCGGAGGCUGAGGAAGGGGAACUUGUCUGUGUGCUCGCUACUCCCCAGCCCGCUGCAGCAGCACCGGCAGCUGCAGCCACAGCAGCAACCGCUGCCCCCUCUGCCCAUCCUCCUCUAUGAUGAAGGCCGAUGUGUUGAGGAGGAGGAAACUGAGGCAGCCCAGUCAGUGCUAGCCACCUUGCUCCAGAAGCUGCAAGAAGAAGGCCACCCUGCCUACUACCUACAAGGUGGCUUCAGCAAAUUCCAAGCUGAGUGGCCACAACUCUGCAAAACGAAGCUUGAUGGCCCCUGUGCCAGUAACUCACUAGUGCCUGUUCCAGCACCUGUGGUGGGCCUGGGAGGCCUGUGCCUCAGCUCAGACUGCUCAGAUGCUGAAUCAGACCCAGACCGGGACACACUGAGCUACAGUCUGGAGUCCGAGGGUGGGAGCCCUCCACCACCAGGACACCCUCCAUCCUUACCUGUUCAAAUUCUCCCCAACCUCUACCUGGGCAGUGCUCAGGACUCAGCCAACAUGGACAUGCUGGCCAAGCUGGGCAUCCGUUACAUCCUCAAUGUUACCCCCAACCUACCCAAUCUCUUUGAAAAGGACGGCGACAUCCACUACAAGCAGAUCCCCAUCUCUGACCACUGGAGCCAGAACCUCUCCCAGUUUUUCCCAGAGGCUAUUGACUUUAUUGAUGAAGCUGUGUCCCAGAACUGCGGGGUGUUGGUCCACUGCCUGGCUGGCAUCAGCCGCUCCGUCACCGUCACUGUGGCUUACCUGAUGCAGAAGCUUCACCUUUCGCUCAACGAUGCGUAUGACCUGGUGAAGCGGCAGAAAUCCAACAUCUCCCCCAACUUCAACUUCAUGGGUCAGCUUCUGGACUUUGAGCGCAGCUUGAAGCUGAAGGGCGAGGGGCCCAGGGACCAGAGGGAUGGAGAGGGCGUGGGGGGGAAUCAUACCCCAACACCCCCCUGUUUCUUCACCACACCCACCGGUGAAGGCGUCUUUGAACUGGACUCUACCUAAGGAAUGGGGCUGGGAUGGGGUUUGGGGGUGGAGGUUAAGGACCACUGUCCAUUGAGAAUUGCUUGCCCCCAAACCCAGGGGACUCCACCAAAGUUGGGUGGACCCCAAUACCUCAUAUGAAGAGACAAGAGCUAAGAACCUAGAACCUUUUGCCAUUUCCUACCCCCUUUAAAGUGGUGAAAGGGGAAAGACCUUUUCUAUCCACUUGAAAAACCAAACUUCAGCAAGAAUCUGAACGUGCCUAUUGACAGUAAUGUUGAUACUGCUGCCCCCCACCCCCACUCCUGGAGCCCCCAGCCAGGGCACAGAACCCUUUGGGGCUCACUCGAAAGCCCUCCUUUGGAAGGUGGCACCGUUCUGGAUGCCCUGCCUCUUCUAUGACUGGAGGGCCGGAGUUGGGGGUCGAUUCAACAAUUCAAGGCAGCGUGCACUCCUGAAGUGCCUGCUCGGUGCCGGCUCUGUGGAGGUUGGGGCUGGGGUCGCCUUAGAAGUGGAGUUUUUCCAACCUGGCCGGUUCUUCAAGCCCUGCAUCUGGGGCUUCUUAAUGACUCAGGCAGCGAACCUGUGACCUAGAACCGGCGCCUCCUUCCUCCCCGCCCCCUUCCUCUCCAGGAAAGCUCUCGAGCCACCUCAAGCUACAGAGCAGCAGCAGGCUGUGGACAAAGUGAGGCCCACUGAAGAGGUUAAACCUCCCACUUCAGGUGGGUCAGGCCACGCAAUACCAGGUCUAGAACCUGGACCUUCAAGACCCAGGUCAGGAAAAUCCACUUCUAUACCUUGUCCAGAACUUUGUUUGAGAGCCAUACUUUUUCCCCUAAAUAGGCCGGCUCUUGGGGUAUCUGGGACUCAGAUCUGAAACCUGCCGCUCUAGAACUGAGAUGUUCCAGGCCCCACAUCACCAUGCCAUACCUCAGCCAUCAACUUGGUGGUGGUUUUGUGUGCACGCGUGUGUGUGUGUGUGUGUGUGUGUGUGUGUGUGUGUGUGUGUGUGUUCUGAGAAGGGGGAGGGGAGUGUGGGCAUGGUUCUGUACCAGGAGAACUUCCUGUGGGGAAUUCUGAGCACUAGAAAUGGAAUAGCUAUCAGAGAAGGAAUGUCCGUGUAUUUCAUUUUUCAGGGGGGAGGCUGGAAGGACUUUGGGGGAUUUGGGCAGGGUGGGGGGUGGAGAAUUGGAGCUGUGAGUCAGAUUCCAGACCCAACAUCUGGCUCUCUGACUAUUUAUAUACUAGAUUUUUCAAAGAGGUUGUUUUUUUGUUUUCGUUUUUUCUCUUUCCCUAGAUCUGUCUUAGAGGGGGCAAUUGGAUAGGGGUCUCUUUGAGACGGAGGACGAUUAAACAGUGGCUAAUUGUAGUUGGUAUUUCUAAGCAGGCAGGUCAGGAGCUUUUUUGGGGAGAGAAAGAACUGGUGAAAAAUCAGUGGAGACAAAGAGAAAAAAGUCCAUGUACAGUGUUGCGGUUUGUUUGAUUUUUUUGUUUCGUUUUGUUUUGUUUUGUUUUUGGACGGGAGGAGGGGAGUACUUAAGACACACACACUCAUACACACACACACAGACACACCCAGGCAUGUACACUGUGAGCAGACACAGACGUACACAGUCUCGUACACACAGUGUUGGGCCAGGGCAGAACCAGCAGGCAUGGAUGGUGCAGCCAUGGGCUUCGGCUGAGCCUUCUCACCCUCCUGUAUGGGAGAAGGGACAUGGCGUUUGGCUUCUCUAACAUAUUGGCAGAUUCAAUUUGUAAUAAACAUUUUAUGGAGAAAAAAAAAAACAAGGAAGGCACCAUUUUUAUCAUCCUUGGGGAGGAAGGUUUGUGGUGAAGGGCAAGGCUGCUGUGAAGGCAGACCUGUGUUCUAAUCAAAAUCUUCAUUCUCAAUUUCAUCCACACCUGGUUUUCAGUAAGAAAGUUAUUAUAAUGAUCAAUAUUAUCAUCUAUUUCAAUCAGUGUUGUCAGAAGCAUCAUCGUGGAUAUAAGCUAAGCUUCUUCGAGUCCCAGAUUCCAAGCUGCUGAUUGUGUUUGUUUUAGCACCAAGGCUUUGUUCAACUUGGAAGGAAUCCUCUAGUGGUGUGCCCUAGGGCUGGCUCUCUCCUUGAUAUAUUAAAAAUAACUGAUAUUUAUACAGAACCUUCAAGUUUGCAAAUUGCUUUAUUUACCUUCUCUGAUUUGAGUCUCAUAAGAUCGCCAGGUGUUAUUAUCCCCAUUUUACAGAUGGGGAAACUGAGGCUCAGAAAGUUGCCACAACUUGUCUAUACUCAUACAGUGGAGCAUCGGGGGCCAGAUUAAACUCAAGUUUUCCUGAUUCCAAGUCUAGCACCCUAGCCACUAGAUUACCAGAUUAUCUCUCCUGCUCUUGCUCCUGGCCUCUUUUGGACCUUUUCUUUUUUUUUUAGUCUAUGGUUUGGAUGUAGGUAUGGAUGGCAUGUUUAUCACAUUUGUAGAUUAUAUGAAACUGGGAAGGGUAGCCCAUACAUUGGAUAGCAAAGCCAGGAUCCAAAAAAGAUAGGCUAGCAUGGUAGGUUGAAUUUAAUAAGACAAAUAUAAGAUAAGGAAGAAACGGUCAGAUAAUAGUUCUUGUUUAAAAAAAAAAAAGGCCUAAGUGGUACCGUGGAUAGAGGGCCUGUCUGCCUCAGUUACUUCAUCCAUAAAGUGGAGAUAAUAAUAAAACUUACCAAGGCUUUGGUUGGUGUUGUGUAGAUAAAAUAAGAUACUAUUGAAAUUCUGGGAUCCAUCUAGAAGCUGGUGACCAGGAUGGUCCAACCGGUAUGAGAAAUGCUUUGAGGAAAUAGUAGGUAUGGGGCUAAUAGACCCUGGGGAUGGUCAAGAGAAACCACUGGGGAUGGUAAAGAGAGGGUUCCUGUUAAGAUAGCGGGUUGGCUAGAUGACCUUAGCGUCUACUCCAAUUUGCAGAUUCUGUGACUCAAGCAAGAUUCUGUGGCCUUCAAGCAUGGGGCCAAUUGUAGCCCAAUGGGUGGUAUUUCUGUUGCUUGAGGACCAGCCCAGUUAGGUUCAAAGACUCAACACCAAACUGACCAUGAUGGAUUGACUUUUUCAAUCCCAUCAACUUUCAUAGCUUCUAAUUGGAAACCUCCAGUGAGAGGAAAUCUACUGCCUUCCAAGGCAGCCUAUUCUACCUUAGGUGAGUCUAAUUAUUAGGAAGUUUUUACUGACUUAAACUAAAAUUGACCUUUCUGAAACUCUCAUCUUUUUUGCUGACUUCUUCCCUCUCUGGCUAAGCAGAAUGAGCUUGACUCAACAUGACAGCUCUUUAAAUAAUUCAAGCUAGUUCUCUUGUCACCCCCAAAUCUUCUCCAGGCUCAAAGUCCCCAUUUUCUUCCACCAAUCCUCACAUUGGAUGAUCAUGAGACCUUUAUCCCAUUCACCCUCCCUUUUGCUCUCUCCAAUUUGUCAAUGUCCUUUUGAAAAUGUAGCACCCACAAAGAUAGAAAGAUCCCAUAUACAUGAAAAUAUUUAUAAUGAUACUUUUUUUGUAGUAGCAAAGACCUACAAGGUAGAU